GAUGACGCCAGCAUUUCUUCAUAGAGUCGCGGCCCCUAACAUCUACAAAAGUGCUUUGCGCCUUCUGGAUCUCUGGAAAAGGAAGGCGCAGCUGGCUGACGGGAGCGCCUUUUCUGCAGAGCAUGAUGUCUUCUACGCUGCUCUAGACGCUGUCUUAGACUUCGGGUUCGGCGAUGCUGCUCCGAUGAGGACUCUUGUUCCUCAAGUUGAAUUGCUGGCUUCGAUGUCCGCUGCCGACGUUUGGGCCAAACAGAACUCAGAACUCGGCACUGAAGUGUUGGACUUUCCAGUUGCGCCUAUCCAUCCUGUCCUGGAUGCAACGCUGCAGUCGGCAGAAAAUGUUGGUGGCGUAGCAAUCACUGGGUUUCCGAAGCUUGCAUGGUCAGUCAUUGGGCUAAGACCUAGUGUCCGUCGGGGAAGAGCGGUACGGGACGAGUUCCUUGUUGACCAGGUCCUCCAGGCGUCAGAGAGAUUCAGAACUGAGACCCAGAAGAUUGACAGUGAGGACAAACAUGUUAAGUCUGUGUUGGUUCACGGGGUCGUAUACGACAAAUAGUGGUAGC